GGACUCUGGUGUUUAAAGACCUCUCACCAAACUCCCAUCUUUUUCGACCUCUGCCCCUUCCAUGUGAUUUCCAAAGAUCCGUGUAAGUCCAUCCCAUUUCUAUGUCCACUCAUUUUUACGUAUUGUCGACUCUUUCAUUGACCUGUUGACGGGCACCCAGUUAAGAAUGGCCCGUCCAAAGAAGAAGUGCAAUACCCUCGUCCCAAAUGGCCAUUUCUUUACAUAAGCUCUGUUUUGUUUUCAUUUCAGUUUUUCUCCUCCUCUUAUGCCCUUCUCUUUCCCAUCGAUUAAUGCCCAACAAAUGUCCUUCCCACGAAUCCCAAGCUCUGCUUCGCUUCAAAGCAGCCUUGAAUGACUCCGAGGGCUCUUUCAGUUCGUGGGUAAAUGGAACAGACUGUUGCACCAACUGGACCGGCAUAUCCUGCAAUGAUCACACCAACCACGUUGUCUCUGUUGAAGCAGUAGGUAGUUCUGAUUCUUUCCAAGGUGUGAUAUCUGAGAGCCUGUGCCAACUUCGUUUUCUCACAUCACUGAGAAUACAAGGAGUAGUAACACCAGGAAUCUAUUUUUCCAUAUGAUAAUUUCUUGGUGUAUUUUCUUUAGUGAGAUGUGUUACUCUCGGUGGCCUCACUCAAGAUAAUAUUUUAUAUUGGUUAGUUAUUUGUACUAAAUCAAUACUCUAUAUACCUUAAUUUUAUCUAGUUCUUUAAUCUAUUGCAGAUCAUGUGAAAAAAUGAAGGAUUUCAAACUUUUAAAAAUUAUUCAUUUUAUUUAGAAGAUGAAACAUUUGAUUUACCACCAACAAUCUAGUU